AAACCCUAGACUGCACAGAAACGUAGAACCAUAAAAGCCGUUUCUUUCUUCGUCUUUAUUCCCUUCUCCCGCCGUAGCUCGCCGGAGUCUGUUCGCCGUGGUCAUCAGGGCUCCUCAUCCGUUUCCGGAGGCCGUUAGGAUUUGCGAAUUCAGAUUAUCAUUUGGAUCUAUCAGGCGAUACCUCUCCACUCCCGAGGUCUUUCAGUUGAUGCAUUUGUAGGAAAAUGGGCAAGUUGGGUAAGAAAGCUAGGAAGUUUGCCAAGAAGAAUCUCCAGUCUGUGCUGAAGCGGAAACGGAAGUUGAAGUCCUUCUUCAAACGAAAAGAAGCUAAAAGAGAUGAACGUCAAGAAGUGGAAGAUGAAGAGGGUAAUAAGAUAGAGCAGCAGAACAAGAGAAACCAUGAAGAAGAUGCUCAAGAUAUAUCCAUAGACGCUGUGUUCAGUGAGGAUGAUGAUGAAGUGCUCAGUGAUGACUCAGAUAGUGAUGGAUAUCUGUCCGAGGACACUGGCUUUGCAGAUGCCACAGAAAAGGAAAAGGAUUGUUCCGUGGAAGGUAGUAUCCAUGAUAAUGCUUGGUCAGUGCAGAGCAAGGAGAUGGUAUCAGACCUUAAAAAGAAGAGGAAUAAGCUUGAUAGGUUGAAACAAAAGGACCCAAAAUUUGCGAAGUUUCUGAAAACUUACAGUGAAGGCAUACGGCAAUCAAGACAUGAAGAUGAUUAUCUUGAUGAAGAUGAAGCUAUUGAUGAUCCCAUGCAGUUGGUAGAUGAAACCCACUCAGAUAUAAUGAAGCGGAAAUUAUUCACAGGCUCUAUUUUAAGUUCUUGCUGUGACCUACUUGAAAAGCAGCAGUCUGUUCAUGCAUUGGCUAGUUUACUAAAUGGGUAUCGAGCUGCAUGCCAUUAUGGGAAUGAACCAUCUGGCCUUUUUGAGGCUGGAGUAGGCUAUGACAUUGGAGACAGCGAGACAUUUUCCAAGAUCUUGAUUUUUGUGCUCCAAAAAGCCGAUAGUACUUUUAGGAGUAUGUUGGGAAUAGCAGGCCCCAGUAACAAGGAGAAGAUUCUAAAGUUGAAGAACACCCCCAAAUGGGAUAAUCUAAAGCCGUUGAUCAAGUCAUACUUAAGAAGUACCUCGUAUUUCCUUAAUCAGGCCUCGGAUUCGGAGAUGUUAGUCUUCGCCCUGACCCAACUUAGAGCCUCCAUCCCAUUUUUUGCCGCAUUUCCAAAUUUGCUGCAACAUCUCAUCAAGACUGCCGUUCACUUGUGGUUAACUGGUGAAGGAACUCUGUCACAGCAGUCCUUUUUAAUCAUUAAAGAUGUCGCUAUGAUUUUUAACUCGGAUUGCUUUGAUGCCUGCUUGGUCAACAUGUACAAAGCCUUUCUUCGUGACUGCAAUUUCUCCGAGGCAGUUUCAUCGAAACAUUUGCUGUUCCUCAGAGAUUCUCUUGUUGAGCUUUGCUCCCAAGAUGUGCAGAAAUCUUACACAAAGGCCUCGAUUUCUAUUAUGCAACUUGCUAAGUUAUUGAAGGUGGCUCUCAGGACCAAAAAGAAGGAAACCGUUGAGAAGAUAUAUGGCUGGCAAUACACAAACUGUGUUGAUCUGUGGGUGAACUUCAUAGCUGCAAACAUUCGAGAUUGUGAUCUUCAGCCUCUGCUUCAUACUAUGAUUCAGAUUAUAAAUGGGGUAGCUCGACUAUUCCCUGGGCCACGAUAUCUGCCGCUAAGGAUCAGAUGCAUUAAGUGGCUAAAUCAUCUCUCUAGUGCGAGCGGAAUUUUCAUCCCAGUAGCAUCAUUGGUACUGGAUAUUUUGGAAUAUAAAAUCACUAAAGAUCGUGAAAAGCAAGAGAAGGAGCUUGAAGUUUUGUCAUCCGUGAAGUUGCCGAAAAAUUGGUUGAAGUCUCGAAAUUUCCAAGAACAAUGCAUCUCCUCUGUCAUCGGGCUGCUUGCGGUUCACUUUGCUCAAUGGAGCUUCCACAUAUCAUUUCCCGAGCUUGCAACUAUUCCGGUCAUGGCACUGAAAAAGUUUAUUGAGAAUACCACUGCUACCCCUAAUGAAGGCACACGGCGUGGGGUGAAGCGUUUUAUUGAACAUGUGGAAGAGAACAUAAAAUUUGUGCAAAGUAAGAGAGAAGAGGCAGCUUUCUCGCCAAAAGAUCACCAAUCUGUCGAAACGUUUCUUCAGCUCGAAAAGCAUAAGAGCAAUGCUCGUUAUACGCAAUAUUAUAAAAGCAUCAUAGAGAAGGCCGCUGCCUAAGCACACUCUUGUUAACCCCAAAGAUCAGAUGCAUGCUGUGGAGCAAAUUCAGAGCAACUGGAUCUAUCGCCCAGAAAGGUUUUUACAAAUAUGAGAGCAGCUGGAACAUUGCUUCUUUAGAGUAGAAAAGAGAGUAAAAGAUCGUUUCUGUCAUAUGUUGAGUGGAUAAUGUUGGAAAGAGAUCAAGGCAUGAUUGGUUUGGUAAGGACAACAACGUGAUUUUGAUCAAUGCAGAUGAAUUUAAAUUGAUAUAUGUUUAAAUUUUAUGUUGAAAUUGAAACA